AUGUCCACACCCAAUGUUUCCACCCUAAUGCUUAUGUUCUUCUGGGCCAAUGCCUCCAAUGGUGAAGUGCUAAGCAUGGAUGAUGCUGCAGUAACAGCUGAUUACCUGGCACUUAGAAUCAUAGUUGCCCUGGUCUUUGGACUGGUGGGAGUGAUAGGCCUCCUGGGCAACCUGGCUGUGCUAUGGGUGUUAGGUGGGUGUAAUCGACGGGCCUCACAUCCAACAACCGACACCUUCAUCUUCAGCUUGGCAUUGGCUGACCUCGGGUUGGCACUCACUUUUCCCUUUUGGGCAGCUGAGUAUGCUUUGGAUUUCCAUUGGCCUUUUGGAGGCAUUCUCUGCAAGGUGGUUCUGGCAGGUACUGUACUCAGCAUUUAUGCUAGCGUCUUCCUCACCACUGCUCUCAGCAUUGUUCGAUACUGGAUGGUGGCCGUGGCUGUUGGACCAGGAACUUGCCUCUCAUCCUCCCAAGCCUUUGGGAUCAGCCUGGUGGCGUGGGUGGCUGCAGCUGCAGCAGCAGUCCCCACAGCAAUCUUUGGGGUUAAAGGUGAGGUGGGAGGAGUUCAAUUGUGUCUGCUCCGCUUCCCUAGUAUUAGAUGGCUGGGCGCUUACCACUUACAGAAGGUCAUGUUGGCCUUUGUGAUGCCUCUGAGUGUCAUAGCAGUGAGCUAUCUGAUGCUGCUGGCAUUCCUUCGACGGCAGCAGCUGAGGCAGAGGGACAGGGUGGUGGCCCGCUCUAUCCGGAUUAUUAUUGUGUCCUUUUUCCUCUGCUGGUUCCCUAACCAUGUUGUCAUAUUCUGGGGGGUUCUAGUGAAGUUCGACAUCGUGCCUUGGGACAGCACCUACUAUGCCCUUUACACCUAUGUCUUCCCCUUUACUGUCUGCCUGGCACGCAGUAACAGCUGCCUCAAUCCUGUGAUUUACUGCUUCUUGCGCCAGGAGUCCCGGCAGGCACUGGGCAAGGCCCUGAGGCAGCUGUGGGCACAGUUGCCUGGUGGGGGACAAGCCCAGCCAGAGCAAGUAGCCCUUCAAAAGAGGAGACAGCAGGAGGUGGAGGACACCCAUAAGGGCAGUGGGCUUUCCACCACUCUCACUAACAUGGAUUGA